AAUCAUCUAAAGAUAAAUCACUUAUCUUUUAAUAAUUUUAUAUUAUUAAAAUUAUUAUUUAUACAAUUAAUAGGUGUAAAAAGAUCAAAAGAAGAUCCUUGCCAUUGGAACGAAUUAGACGCCUGUUCUGCAGAAGGAAGAACUAUUUUACAGAAUAAUCCCAUUCCACAAAAUGAAGAAGAAAUCGAUAAACAAUGCUCAUCUCUAAAAGAAGCCAUUGCUUGUGCCACUAAUUACACAAAUAAAUGCGCAACACCAUUGUACAGACAAUUAUUGGCUUAUGGUACUGACGAAUCUAACGAAAACAUAAACAAUUUUUGUACCCCUGGAAACGAACUGCGAACCACCUUAUUGAAACACGCUUCGUGCCUCCGUGAAGUAUGGAGCGAUCAACAAGCUUGCGCCAACGAUGCUCGAGCUGCUAUAGAUAAGAUUUCUACAGUACCUGCAAAAGAUAGAAUAACCCUUUCUUGCUGCUCCUAUCGUAGAUUCCGUAGUUGUGGUACCGAAUUUGUAGAGAAGAAAUGCGGAACAGAAGCUAAAGAUUAUAUUAUGAAAUUUGUCUCGUUUUUUGCUGGAAAUUUUCCUGAUAUUUUAUGCCAAAAUUUCAGUCCAGAGGAUGAUAAAUGCAAAGCUUUACUUCCUCCAGUCGGUACCCAACCGAAAGCAGACAGCGAUUCACCUCUGACUCAAUUGAUUGACUUGUUUAGCAAAAACUAAGCAUAAUUAAAGGAAUGUUUCUAAACAGAAUACAAUUAAAAUACAUCCUAUUAAAUGUAAAAUUUAAAAAAGUAUAUAGAAAAAUAAAGUAUUUUGUUAUAUUUUCGUAUUUAUGAUG